UCCUCUUUGCUAGCCUCACACUGGUCCCUUCUCCCGUCGUGUCAGCCAGGCUCGUCCAGCAUCACCGCCUUCUCCUUUAUUCUCCUGUAUUUUACACAGUUUUUGUUAUUGUUUUCCUGCACAUCUCGACCCGGACGUUAAACCAACGCAGUAUCCUUUUUCCCCCGGUUUUCUCUCCUACAGCAGAUGGGCUGCCGGUUUCCGUUCGAGCCGUAGUGUCGCAUCAGGCGCGCGCCAGAAGAAAAAAACAUCCAUCCACCAGCAGCAGGAGGAGGAGGCAGGGGCCAAAUCAGAGUCAGCACACCGAGACGACCUUGUUUCUCAUGUGUUUGCUGGUGAAAGGGCUUUUGUGUGUUGUAGCCGGCAGCCCACCCGCCCUGCUCAGCCUCAGCUGCUGCUGCGUCUCCGGGUAGAGACAAACAAGCAGAGGCUGGGCUGCUCCGGAGCUCCAUGCCCCCUCCAAGGCAGCGCCUGGAGCCUCUAAUCUUGCAGACUGCGUCCGUGGCCUUAACCAUCCUCACCUCCUUGUGCCCCCCGCUGGCGUCGGCCUCCACCUCCUUUGAUAGCUGAGCGGCCCCCCUUAUUCUCCUCGCCAGUCCCCCGUCAUCGUGUCCAGCUGUGGCCCUCGCAGGGCACACUCGCUGGCUCUCACCUGACAGGUCCCUGGCCUCAGGACGACAGCCAGCAACAGCACGUUUCCUACAUGAGGGACAAAGCCACGCAGACCCCCAGGGCCUGGGCAGAUGAGAGGAGGAGGGGCUCUCACAAACGCUCGGCCUCCUGCGGGAGCACAGACCAGCUCAAGGAGAUUGCCAAGUUGCGUCAGCAGCUCCAGCGCAGCAAACGCAGUAGCCGCCAUCGGAGGGACAAAGACCGCAAGUCCCCGUUCAAUGGCAGCCACACCAUCAUUCAGUCACAGGCAUCAAUACCCAAAACCAUUCUCAUUCCCAUCCCCAUAUCCAAGUCCUCGGCUCCUCGUUUCCGGAACAGCGUGGAGGGUCUGAACCAGGAGAUUGAACGCAUCAUCAUCAGAGACACCCCUGAGAAGGAGGAAACCAUAGUUCCACAGGAUGUCCCUGAUGGGCACCGUGCACCCCCACCCGUCCCCCCUCAGCGCAGCAGCAGUACCCGCAGCAUCGACACACAAACCCCAUCGGGAGGUGGGCUGAGCAGUAACCACAGCAACUGCAGCAGCCGUCCCGACUCCAUCUCGCCUUCCUACCUCACCGUUCUAAAUGACACAACUGGAGGCAGCCCCUACGAGGACAAAGAGCUCAGCCCCUGCUCCCCACUGCCUAAGUACGCCGCUUCUCCCAGACCCAACAACAGCUACAUGUUCAAGAGGGAACCCCCAGAAGGCUGCGAGAAGGUCAAAGUGUCUGAGGAGACCAUGCCCAAAGCUCUGCAGGAGAUCCCACCCUUCUUGUGUCCCGAUCGCAACAAGGUCAACUUCAUCCCCAACAGUGGCUCUGCCUUCUGCCUCGUCAGCAUCCUCAAACCCUUGCUCCCCGCCCCGGACCUCAACUUUCGCCCGGGGGUGGGCCUCCGAAGCCUGUCCCCGUCCCUCGUGCCUCUGUCCACCCAGCCCUGCCUCCUGGAGGAGCCUGAGAGCUUCUGACUGCCCCGUUGGCCUUAAAGUCAACGCCCCCCCUCCCCAAAAAACAGUGUUACCCCAUUGGUGAAAUUGGGAAAAGAAAAAAAAAUUAAGGAACCGAACCUUCUGCUCUGAAAAUAAACACAAAAAAAUGCCUUCAGCAUGCCAGCUAAGUUCUCUCUGAUGUCCUAUCUCGUUGACAAAGCGCUUCCCACUGCCUCCUCCUCAAACGUGAGACUCCUGCAGGUGUCACAGUUCAUCGCUUUCUUCUACUGUUAGCGCUGGUUAUGUUCCUGUUCUACUGGGAGGAAAAGGGUGAAAGGACAGACUGUUUGAUUUCAUUGUAUUUAAACCAUGGCGCCUUUCCACGGACAUAUCUCUUUUUUCUAUUUCUUGAAAUGAAUUAUGCCUUCCAUCAUGGGGAAAUAAAGGCCGCUGCUUUCCUUGGCGACCGACGGGUCGACCACGGAGGCUAACCUUUGGUGCUGCCAGAUGUAUCGUAGCAUAAAGCUGAAGGGUUGUGAAAAGUAAAAAAUGUGCCUGAUGUUUUAGACCGCUCAGUUUCCCUGAACCACCUUGAGGCCGUGAUCACGUCUAGUGUGUGAUCGUUGCACCUCGGUGGCCGUAGAUACGCGCAAGACCAAGCAGGAAAAAUACAAACAGUAUAUAUAUCUUAAAAACAAACCCGUAGACCAAAUCUUUAUCUGUCUUGUAUUUUCAUGAGCCGACUCCAUCUUUCGGCUGGUUAGCGUGUAUCUAUGGGAAACUCAGGCCAGGGCUAUGAUGUUUGCAGUGUGUUCAACCUGUGUCUGCUUGCCCCACCCCCUCCAUCCUUCCUGAGGACCAGCCUUUGCUCACAUCUUUUUCACUCCAUCGCCACCUACAGCCCUACCUUCUCCUUUCCCCAGCUCCUUCUCUUUGUGGAUUUCUUCUCGUCUCGUUCAGUUUUGUAUUGCUUUUUAAAGCGUCUGGUCGUGGGGUUCUGAUAACGGAGAGGUCCACCAACCCACGGUUCUACACCAUACAGACUGUCAGGCUUUAGAAAGCAAAGGAAUUUCUUUAAUUCUUAGUUUUUAAUAAAUUUUUGUUACUUCUUUAUGAUGUAAAAGUUAACCACAUCACACCAAAUCCAUCACAUCUAAUAUGCUUAUACUAGAAACUCUACCUCUAUAACAGAAUUAGUGCUUUCCUCAUAAACUUGCUUUAUAGCAUCUUAUUUGCCUUGUGCCGUCUCGUAAAUGAGCUAAACACUACUACUACUUUUAUUGUGCUAUUAGAACUGCUGCAGAAAGAUAUCACUCCAAAGUGUGUGUGACUUUUCUAAGAGUUAAACGUUUAUCAGAAAAAAAUAUUCCCAAUAAAAUAAAUGAAGGGAAUAUUUAGUUAUAAAAGUUUAAAGGUCUGGUAACACUUUACAAUAAGGGUCACUUUAUUCAUGUUACUUGGUGCAUUAUUAAGCAUUCCUAAACUAUUGAAUAAAGUAUUAACUGCUAUACACUAAUGUUAAUACUAUGUAAUGCAUUACUAAGCAGACACACACACCCCGGCUUGUGUCCUAACCUUAAGGACACUUAAUUGUUAAUAUCUGGAACGUUAAUAAAGGGAUCUUUUCUUACUGCUUAAUAAUGCACUAAGUAACGUUAAUAAAGGAACCCUUUUUUAAGGCGUUACCAAAGGUUUUAUUCACUGAGAAACGGGUGAUACUUUAAACAAAAUACAUUUUCUUCGAUCUCCACUGCCUGUCUUCAAUACCGGGUACCACAGAAAGAAAACGGACAGGAUAACGCUCAGACCAGACAAAAACAGCCUGGCCUCACCCACCUCGGCUCUUGACUGCAGUAGGUUGUAUUGAUUUUGCAGCCAGGAGAGAGCAGAGCCUAUUUAAGCUAGCAGAAGCUAACUAUUAGCAUUAGCACAUUCAGGCUAAAGUUAUUUGUGGAGAGAAAUCAACGCUGCCUUUUUUACUCAAAAAUCAAAAGUAAAGGAAGGCAGUAGCUGCUAGCCAAACAGAGGCAAGAAGUUUUUAUAGCAUGAUAAUUUAUGAGCAAGACUCUAAAUCCUGUUUUCAGUUCAGCUUUAGAGAAAUGCACUAAUCCUGUUAAAGAGGCAGACUUGUUCUUAAAGCACUGAGUUUUGGUGUUGUGUAGGGUUUCUAGCAGCGAGUUUGUGGACCCCUCCAUGACUGAACCCAUCCUCCUGUAUUCUUGUAGGUGUCAUUACUUAAUUGUGCCUGCUACAGUGGGAUAGGAAUGUACUGGACUUGUAAAUACAGAGGCACUGUGUUCGUAUCGUCAGCUGACGGAGAUAUGUACUCGAACGCAUCAACAAGUGUAACAUAAUUAUUACCACUCCUCCUCUGCCGAGUACUGUGAACUACAACUCGUCUCAUUAUUGUGAAUAAUAACGUAUUUAUUAACCCGACGGGAGCGUUAUUAGGUCUUCAGAGUUCUAAACCAGAACGAGUAACAUGGUCCAUCUCAGGUUGUAGAGAUUAAGGAAACAAAGAGAUUUACUAACUUCUCUGAGCAAACCAACAGCUGCCAUUAAUGUAGCCUCACACGGUGGAUUUUCUGAAUGACUUUGAAGUGUAGCAGAGUAGAUGUAGAGAAGUGUGGAUGUCUUUUGUUUAGCUAACUAAAACCGUUACAUAAAAAAAAUGUUAUUUAAAAAAAAGUGAGUUCUGUUCCAAAAUCCAGUUUCCACUUGCUGAAAAACAAUCACAACCAGAGCAAAGUUUACAUAAAACAAUAAAGUUACCGAUUUAUUCUCACCGUUAUUUUUGUUUCCGGGUGGAUUAACGGCAUUUUGGAACGAGGCUCGAGGAAAGGUUUCUUUUUGUUUGCGUGUCCAGUUUAGUGGAAAAUGAACUGCCAACUUUUCAUCUUUUAAACCUCUUUGAAUGAAAUUAAAGGCAUAGUUGGAUUAAAUAAAGCAUCUUUGACUUGAGAAA